UGCAUUAAUAUAUGUCAUAGCAUAUUGUCAUUUCUUUCAGUCAUAAAUUCUCAAGUGAACAUUAUUUAUAGACACAGAAUUUAGCAUAAUUUUCUUGUGUCAUAAUUAACUUUCAUUCAUGGAUGAAUAUUGAAACCACCUGUUUUUCUUUUCUUUUUUUUCAAUAACCAAUACAUGAGCACACCCCCCCCCCCAGUACAAUGAAAUUGCAAUUUCCCGAGUAGGCACAGGAAACAAAGUGAUAGGACUAACGAGUGUCUUAUUUUCAUCUCUGUCAUGGAGGCAAAGUUCACUCAGAAGAGAGGAUAGAGUUCACUGUUGCUAGACACGUCAGAGAAGCAUGUUAGUAAGAGUGGUAUAAAGUCUGUGCUUCCCAGCUCACACGGAUCCCAGGAAGAAGAGAAUGGAUCCAGUUGUGGUCCUGGUGUUGGGGCUCUGCUGUUUGCUUCUCCCUUCACUCUGGAAGCAGAAUUCUGGGAGAGGGAAGCUCCCUCCUGGCCCCACUCCUUUCCCCAUCAUUGGAAAUAUUCUCCAGAUAGAUGUUAAGGACAUCAGCAAAUCCCCAACUAAGGUCUCAGAAUGCUAUGGCCCCGUGUUCACUGUGUAUCUGGGCAUGAAGCCCACUGUGGUGCUGCAUGGAUACAAGGCAGUGAAGGAGGCCCUGGUUGAUCUUGGAGAGGAGUUUGCUGGAAGAGGCAGUGUUCUUAUAGGUGAAAAAGUUAAUAAAGGACUAGCCUGAAUGCUGUUAUCUAUUGUAGAACAUUCCAUGGUGGAGACUUGGCAAAUGCAUAGGUGGCAAUGACCCAUCAGCCUCUUAUGGGGCAAGAAAUGACCCUCGCUGGCGUUCACAUCUGCAUGCUCAGCUUCACUGACCUGUCUGAGGUUUACCCAGGCCCAGGCCUAGUGCUGGACACCAGUGGUGAUACGUGCAGUUUUGUCUCCCUAGGCAAUUCCUAACAAGGUUCUUGUCACUUGCUAUUCUCUGUCAUCACCCUUUUUAUAAAAAUUGCUGUCCAUUGUUGAGUCUACUUCCUCUAUUGAUUUAUCUCUCUUAAGUAAAUAUACCCUGUAUUACGUAUAUGCCUAGUUAUGCAAAAUAAACAUUAUUCCAUAAAAUGAUUUUUUAACAAGAUUUCAACUGUUAGAAAUAGUAGUUUGAUUGUGGCAUUUCCACUGUACCAUCUAAAAUGAAAACCUUUCUUGUAUUUUCAUUUGUUUAUCUGCUUAACUUACAGGUAACUUUUAAAUUUUAUAUAACAUCUUUCGUAGUUUGGUAUAGUUGUACAGAACAAUAUAUUAGAAUCCACCAAAGGACAGCUUUGCUCCAGUAUGUUAAAUACGGAAAGCAAUUAGAGAUAUUGGCUGUUCACUUCUCAAGAAAGGAAAUUCAUUGUUUUCUUUUAACAUUGAAGCUCAUGAUAAAGAAGAUUCCAAAUAUUUUUUAGCUUCUUCAAUCUGGGAUGUAUGUUUGAAAUAAAAAAAUGAAAAAUUCUCA